UUCACUUCUCUCAAUAUCUUCUAUACUCUUCUCAACACAUUCACUUAUUCACCAAAAAUGUCGAGCGGUCAGUUCAAUGCCGGACAAUCCCAGGCCCAAUCACAGGCCAAGACUGAGCAGUGGGUGGAUUCUGCGAAGAGCACCGCAGAACAGGCUCACGACAAAGCCCACCACGCCGUUGGCCAUUCAGAUCAACACACCCAGCAGACCAAGGAGGAGAAUGCUGGAAUCCUUCAACAGACCGGCGAGCAGGUGGCUCAUAUGGCUCAAGGUGCAAUUGAUGGCGUCAAGAAUACCCUGGGCAUGGGUGAAAAGAAAAAUUAA